AUGCUUCAAGAAUCGCAUGAGGCUGAUAGAUGCCUUCCUGGUGCAUUUCUGGGUGUUUGCGAGCAAAUCCCCGCAUUUAGAGUGGCGAUAAAAAGCGAGUUGGCGUUCAUUCAUUCCGAGUCCACGCUUGCCUACACCGCGGCGCGCCGCCACGCUCACAGCGUGUUGCUGUCGGCCUACCGCGGCACGCAUUCUUUGACAGCUGAUAAGCUUGUUUGCCUUCAAUUUGCUGAAUUAUCGCAUGCAACUUUAGGAGUUUCGACUUCUUAU